GGUUGGACUAACAGCAGCUUCAUGGUAGGUGAAACUCGUGGGCACUUACCCAUGGCUGACCAAGGCAUGCCAAAGGGCUGCCACACUUAUUCUCGUGCUGACGACGCGGUGCCCAUCUAUUACAAGACAAUCGAUGAAAAAAGUCAGCGUCCAAAGUUCCUUAGUCAGAUAUCAUUUACGUUACAACUUUGUCCCGAACGCGCAAGCAGUCCAGUAGGCAGCAGCAGUAGCGAGAGCCUCGGGAGGUCCGACGGGUCAGACAGCGAGGGAGGGUUUGCCGACGAAGAAGAUAAUGCAGGUAUUGGGAAAGUCACAAUAACGAGCCCCGGGCCGAGCGCGCACUCGCCCAGAUUCCGUGCAAGGCCAGCAUUCCUCAUUCCAAAGAUUACCGUAACCGAUCUUGAUGCCGGAGCCCCGAGCGUGGCAGCCGACAACGCUCCGCCAAAAGACGGCAACACCGAACAUUUUCUUGCUGUCUCCGACUCUCAGCAAAAUGUCAUCAUUACGCGGCGCCAGAACACAAUUGCUCAGAAGUUUUUCAAAGGUGAUUUUAAUGACGUAUAUGCUGACAGACAACGUAGUCCUUCGCCGUCCAAAGAAAGAAAAACCGUCUGUAGAGAGGGAUCCGGCGCUCAAAAUCCCACUUUAGAACAAACCAAUACUGAAGACGGUCGUAGCUCGCAGGAUAUAGAAACAGGUGUUCCCAAGGACCCGGAGGAUGACGGCGGAGGGGGGUCGGAGGGGACGAGAUCGGGGAGAAUUUUGGAGUUCAAUUUCACGGGUUCGGACGGUCGUAAGUGGACGCGGUCGUAUAUUCUAAAAAUGAGGGGAGAAGGGGAAGCCGAAGAGGAUGACGUCAUACCGCUAGUCAGCGACGUACCGGGAAUUAAACCGGUCAUUGUCUCGUUUUCGGAGGCUGGUGCGUCUAUAUCGACCGGGUCUGAGAGUGUAAUGUCACCUUCAUUAUCUACGUCAUACCCACAAUCGCCGCAAACGCUGUCGUCAUUAAAUGAUUUAUCAGUUUCUUCAUCGUCAUUAACUUCGCAUUCUUUACAAACAAAAUCUUUGUCGCAAUCAAAUUUACAAACAGUUAUGCAAAAAGAAAAAUCGUCACCAAAAUCACAGUCACGAUUACCAUCGUCUUUACCUGCAUCUUCAUUUUCAUCAUCAGUUGAAAGGCCUUCCUAUUUACAUUUACCGCAUUCGAAUCGACCCACAGAAUCUGGUCAUUUACAUUCCCCUUCUAAUUCACCAUCAACCUCUGCCUCGUCGCCUUCCACACCUUCGAGCAUCUCGCCGUCAGUCUCGCCACUCGUAUCACCAUCGUCACCGCCGACCAUAAGCAUGUUACCAGACUUGUUACAAGACUGUUACCCCGUUUCGCCUUCCGAUGUCUCCCCCGAGCCUCAUGACCUCAGCGAAGCCAUUCCCGAUUCCACGGUUUGCGAAUUCGUUUACGAUCGGGUCGAUAACGACGACUGCGAAAAAUCAAAGCAGAAAGAAUGCGAAUCAGAUUUGGAAUUCGAGGAUGUGUCUGACAGCGAGUCAUCGUCGUCUAUAGACUCUGGUACGAUUAUCACCGUCGUCCACAGGCCUGCGUCGGGGCACACCGAAAUUCAGAAUCCAAAAUUAACUCAAGACGUCAGGAUACGAACUUCUGACCCUAGUUUAAACGAGGAAUAUUUACGCGAAGCACGUGCACCGGACGAUGUGCUGUGGGAUGAACGUAGCACUCUCGUGGGAUUCACUUAUAUCGAUGAAGACGAGGAACACACGCUGGGCGUAGCGAGUCACGAAAAAGCCGAUUCAGGGUCGCUCGCAGGUGAACCCAAGACGCCCCUCAGCACCAGCCCAGACAUCUGGCCUCGCGAACACCUUUCUACUCGAGGGAACGACAUAGGCGUUGACGAGAGUGCGAUCAGAGACACGAACGUCGGCAUGGACGCGUUGAGGGCGAGCUUAAACGAGAUGGAAGUCAGGUGGUCAGCCGGGGAAAGGUUCCACGAGCUCACAUUAAGUGCUCGACAGCAACAACAAGACGAACUCAUGUUCGUUGCCUGUGUUGCUCUCUCGGUGUAUGCACUAUUAGUCCUGUGUACGUAGCACAAUGUACAUGGAUUGUUUUGAGCAAUUUUUUUACGAAUAGAGUAAAAGCUUCGAGGAUAAAAGCUUUGACGCUGCUGUUGAUGCUUUCCUAUGACCAAGUACUACUGUUUAUAUAUCGCCCCACCUCAUGCUACCAUAUGGCUCUAAGCUUCAUUUUUUACAUUAGAGUACAAAUUACUCCGCUUUUUGGCCCAUUGAUGUACUAUUUCUCUCUUUCCUGUAAACAUGACUUCAUUUUGGUUUCAUUACUUUUUCUUUUUUGUUUAUU